AUGUCGGCAUGGAUUCCGAGCCACCGCUUGGUGCUCUGCGACUGCCCCGGCCUCGUCUUCCCCUCGGUGGCGGGCUCCAAGGCGCAGAUGAUUUGUGACGGCAUCCUGCCCAUCGACCAAAUGCGGGACUACAUGCCGCCGCUCCGCCUGCUCUGUGGCCGGCUCGGUCCCGACGACUUUUUCCAGACGUACGGCGUCAGGCUGCGCACUCCGGAGCAGCGGCUGGACGACCCCGAUGCGCCCGAGCAGGCGCGCGAGCUGCUGAUCGCGCUCGCCCUCGCGCGCGGCUUCAUGACAGCGACCAAGGGUGGCCCCGACGAGUCGCGCGCCGCGCGGAUCGUGCUCAAGGACCUCGUCAACGCGAAGCUGCUCCACUGCCCGCGCGGUCCCGCGUUUGCGUGA